UAAAACAGCAUCAUGAUGCCGACGGACCAAACGCGCUCCUCUGUCUCUCCUGUGUAGGGUUCAUAAAUGUCAGAAACGUUAAUGGGACAUAUCAUAGAUAACCCCUGUGGCCAAAAUGAGCGUCUAUUCUCACCUAUGGCGGAUUCUGCAGAUAUUAUUGGCAACGAUAAUCACGGCUGUCACUCAAGAGCUGGACAGUCAGGAGAUCUCCGAUGCCACCAAAUCCUCCACCCCAUAUCCAUUGUUCCUUCCCGUAACUUAUCAGGUAUGGGAUGCUGAAUACUUCCUACUAAAAGAAGCAGGACAGGACAUCAUGCGUAAUUCCAGCAUGCAGAGCCACACACAGCCAUUUGUCAUGCUCCAAGCAGGACGUCUCCCAGUUAUCAAUGCCAGCUACGGCCCACUCUCAACCAAACAGGAGAUCCCUCCUGGACUUAGUGCAGUCGGUGCAGUUAUUCCGGCCCUCACCACCAGUUUUCACCCUCAAUUGGAGAGUCCAGUCCUUUAUCCUGACCCGGUGGGUCUAUUCAUCUUCUCCCAAAGUGCGAGUCCUGUUCUACGUGGCUGGGAGAGACUGGGACAGAGGAGAGAAAGGAAAAAGAAAUAA